GUUUAGUGCGCGCGAGCGAGACAGGCAUCAUUUCUUUCCUUUAUAGAGGAGAGGAGAUGGCACGCACCGCAUCGCUCCCUGGCAGACCGACGCCGGCUCGGCGGCGGGACAGGCCGUCGGUCAAGGACGUCGUCGAGUCGCGCGAGGCAAAGCAGCAGGCACAGGUGUCCAAAGCGGCCAAGCGCGCCGCCAAGCGUGCCGAGCUCCUCUCCAAAGUCGCGCCCGGCUCAAGCAGCAGUGGUGGUAGCAGCAGCAGCAGAAGCAGGCCAGAUGUGGGCUUCGGACAGGGAGACACGGUCAGCAAGAGCGCAUUGAGGCGCAGGAAGCGGAGAGCGAGGGACGAUGUGGGGCGAGACGACGAGAUGGGCCGGCGCGGUGGCGUGCGCGAGAUUGGCGAGGCGCUCGAAGGCGUCGAGGAGGAGUUGAUGGCUUUGGAGGAGGAGGGCGACGAUGAAGAGGCAGCAGAGGUCGGCCAGCAGGGAGCACGCGAUGUGCACGGACCUGACCAGGGCGCGUACGAGACCGUGGGCAGGCAUGGCAAAGUGAGCGCCAAGAAGAGACGCAACGUUCUCUCCGAGGAAGAGGCACGGCAAAAGGCUAUCCUGUCCGACAAGGCCUUCACAGCGUCGCCCUUUGCUGCACUCCGCACCCAUAUCCGAAACACGCUGCGAUGAGAUAGAUUCUGCUGUGGCAUUGAACGGGAAACGAAACAAAUGUACAUUGGGAGACUGGCGCCGUCUAGUGGCGAGGAGAACUCUGUAUCAGUGUGUCUAUCGGAUCGGAGAGCAAGGAUCAUGAGGAGGAAGCUGUUCUUGCAGAGGGCACUCCGCGCUUCUCGCGCGAGACGUCGACGAGGACAC